CCCCAGGUGAUCCACCCGCCUUGGCCUCCCAAAGUGCUGGGAUUACAGGAGUAAGCCACCGCGCCCAGCCAAAUUAUACAGCAUUCCUAAUUUUGUUCUCUGCACUAUUGGUUUCGGUCAAAAUGCUGUUACAUAAAAAAAAAACAAAACCAAAUCAUGAUCUCCUAUCAUGAUUGCAGACUUUUCAGUUUUACCAUCUAAGUCUGAGUCUUGGCUCUCUAUGUGUCAGUGCCAUGUGGUUAGGUGCAUAAAGUUCAUUACUGCAAUAUUGAAAUAUUUUCCUAUGAAAUUUCAUUAACCAGGAUCCUAUCAAUACACUGGAUAUUAAUAUUGCUCCCCUAGAUUUCUUUUGUUUAAUAUUUGUCUGUAUUGCCUGUUCCCAUAAAUUGACUUUUAAUCACUUAGCGUUGUUCUAAGAUUGAUUAAAAUGUAGAAUAAAAGGGAAGGUUAUGGGAGGGUGGGACGUCUAAUCUAAGCCCAGCCCAGUGAUUACAUUAGCUGGGCGCUGAUUAGGUUAGGAUGUUGCCCAGGGAUAAAGCCAGGAUCUUUGGGACCUGGCUUCAUUUGGAGUUCAGCUACCAAGAGGAAACCUUCCUCUGGGUCCUGGAGUAUUUGGCCUGAAAUUGGCAAUUUGGGAGUUGCUGCUCCAGGGGGCUCCGUGCGGAGCUCGGCCGCCAGCCUCUCCGCCCAGCCUUUUCCGGCGUCCCCACGCGGGGCGCAGCCGCGAGAAAGGAACGCAGGUCACACCGUCAGCGCCCAGAGCAGCGCCAGUUUCCGGGCCCGGCCUGCUCUGGGAGCCAUGAGCUGCGGCCGCCCCCCUCCCGACGUGGACGGCAUGAUCACCCUCAAGGUGGACAACCUGACCUACCGGACCUCUCCCGACAGCCUGAGGCGCGUGUUCGAGAAGUACGGGCGCGUGGGCGACGUGUAUAUCCCGCGGGAGCACCACACCAAGGCGCCCCGGGGCUUCGCCUUCGUCCGCUUUCACGACCGGCGCGACGCGGAAGACGCCGAGGACGCCAUGGACGGGGCGGAGCUGGAUGGACGCGAGCUGCGGGUGCAGAUGGCGCGCUAUGGCCGCCGGGACUUGCCCCGCAGCCGCCAGGAAGAGCCGCGCGGCAGGUCCGGAGGCGGCCGCUACGGACUGCGGAGCCGCAGCCCCAGGCGGCGACACCGCAGCCGAUCCCGGGGUCCCAGCUGCUCUAGGUCCCGCAGCAGAUCUCACUAUGGGGGGUCUCGCUAUAGCCGGUCUCCCUACAGCCGAUCUGCCUUCAGGAGAUCUCGCUACAGCCGAUCUCCCUACAGACGAUCUCAUUGCAGAGGAUCUCGCUACAGUCAAUCUUACAGCCGGCAUCACUACAGCCGAUCUCCCUACCGGGAAUCUCGCUACAGGAGGUCUCCCUACAUCCGGUCUUCCCGCAACAGGUCUCUCUACAACCGCUCUCACUCGAAGUCUGGGUCUGGCUCUCGCUCUCCAUCAACCUCCAAAUCCAGCUCUGCGCGAAGAUCCAAGUCCUCCUCCAUCUCCAGAUUUUGCUCAAGGUCCAGGUCUAGAUCUACGUCCCGGAGUACUACCCCCAUAUCCAAGAGGAAAUCCAAGUCCAGGUCGUGAUCCAAGAGUCCUCCCAGGUCUCCUGAAGGGGAAAAAGGACAAGUGUCCUCCAAGGAAAAUGAUCAUCAGCUAACGCGUGAUGGACGACUUGGGGAAAAGGACUCCAUACUCAGUCCAUGGAAGCAGAAUCCCUGGAAGAAGCGACUGCCUAAUGAAACGGCCUGGCUGCCUAGCAGUUGAGUGAUGCUGGUUAGCUGUUAAGGUGGCCUAUUGCAGUGCAGAGUGCUGAGCUGCUUCCUGUUUUCUUCUGUUUCCUCCUGAAAAAAGAAGCCCUGUCCGGAAGACUGUUCAGUUUAUUAAAAUGCCUGUCAACUGCCCUUGUAGUCACCCAGGCCUGGAAGAGAAAUAAUAGAGCAUGCAGUGAGCACAUCCAGCUGAUGAUAAUCACACCUCUUCCCCCUCUCUAUUCUGUUAAAUGGCAAAUCUGAUCAUAUCAACAUACAUGAACUUAAAAUAUGGGGAAUGUUAUGGAAGAAAUGGCUUGUAACUUUGUAGGUACUUAUAACAUGGUGUAUGUUUUUUUAUUAUGAAUAUUUCUUACUAUUACCAUGUUUCUAUCAUUGAAUUAAAAUGUUUUGUUGGUGUUACCUUUUCUCAAAAUAAAAUUAGAAAUAUUUUAUAGAAA